ACUGGAGUGAAGCACGCGGAGGUUACGUUAGGUAACGUUUCAGUGCUGCACAUUAUAGAGACUCAUAGUAUUUUUCACCGAGGAACACGAGCUUUCACCUCCGAGAGCAAACAAGAAACGUGCGUAAGACCAUUCCGCCUCUGGACUUUAUUUAUUCCAACUUCUCACACUUAAUUCGUGUGUAAUAUUUGUGCGCAAGAGACAUUGUGUGUUGGUAAUAGUAUUGACUAAAUCUUGAGGAUAGAUUUGGCACAUGGAGUUGUAAAUUCUCCUGAAUGUACGCGCCAAUGCAGAGGAAAGUGGACGACUAUCCGGGGAAUUAGUGAAGCUUUGUUUGUGCUGGACUCAACAAAUGACGUUGUAUCUGGGUUUAUCUGAACACUGAGGUUGAACGGGUCGAAUUCAUCAGCCCCGCUCCUCUUCUGCAAAUAUAAUGUUGAUGAAGGAGUACCGCAUCUGUAUGCCUCUCACAGUGGAGGAGUACCGGGUGGGACAGCUGUAUAUGAUCAGCAAACACAGCCAUGAGCAGAGCGAGCGUGGGGAAGGCGUUGAGGUGGUCCAAAAUGAACCCUAUGAAGAUCCAGAGCACGGGCAAGGCCAGUUCACAGAGAAACGAAUCUACCUCAACAACAAGUUGCCAAGUUGGGCCAGAGCUGUCGUCCCCAGGAUUUUUUAUGUCACGGAAAAGGCUUGGAAUUAUUAUCCGUACACCAUUACAGAGUACACAUGCUCCUUUCUGCCCAAGUUUUCCAUCCACAUUGAGACUAAGUAUGAAGACAACAAAGGCACCAAUGACCAUAUCUUUGGAGGGGAGCCCAGAGAGGAUGAAACCGAGGUGUGCAUGGUGGAUAUUGCUUAUGACGAGGUCCCGGAGCGCCACUACAAAGAGUCAGAGGAUCUGCGUUAUUUCCAGUCCAAAAAGACAAAUCGUGGUUUGCUUCCAGGGGGAUGGAUGGACACUCAGGACCCCAUCAUGUGUUCCUACAAACUCGUCACAGUCAAGUUUGAAGUAUGGGGCUUACAGACUCGGGUGGAACAGUUUGUACACAAGGUGAUUCGAGAUGUUCUGCUGUUAGGACACAGGCAAGCCUUCGCCUGGAUUGAUGAGUGGAUAGAUAUGACCAUGGAGGAGGUCCGCGAGUAUGAACGAGCCACACAGGAAGCCACAAACCAAAAGAUUGGAUCAUUCCCUCCAGCCAUCUCCAUCACUGAGACCCCAUUGCCAAUGAACUCCCGCAAUGGCCCCAACAGCGCCCCCUCCACACCUCUCUCCAGCGAAGCACCUGAUUUCCUCUCUGUCCCCAAAGAGCGACCAAGGAAGAAGUCAGCCCCUGAGACUUUAACCCUGCCUGAUCCGGGACGGCGGGACUCCCUUUUUAAACUCCCCAGCUUUUUCUCAUGGAAUUCCAGUCCACAACCCGAAUGAGAACAGGCCGGUGUGAUCCAGCCACUGUUGUAUCUCUAAAUGUCCCGUGGAUCAGAGGAGGAUGACUGCACAUCCCUUAAACGUCCCUCUGCCAGCUCAAGUGAAGCAGACUUUUCACUACCCUGGUGAUCCUAGCUCCCCCUGCGCUCCAGAAGACAUGCCGGUGACGUCUUCUGCCAGAUACUGCUCCCACGCUGUCUGAAAGCUGAUGAGACAGGUAACCUACAGAGGAGAGGUUCUUCAACAAAAAUCAUCUGAGACUAUCCGCUGAAUAAGUUCAAUCUUAGUUUACAUUCCUCUAGUUCCACAUAUUUCUUAUCCUUUAUCUGAAUCUAUUUAAAUGGUAUAUAAACUGUAUGGUGAGUAGAAUUUGGAAGUGGACUGUGAGGUUAGUGUAUUGGUGCAAAUAAAAAGUAUGUAGAUGAAAUUGAGAGAUAUAUUGGUAACGUAUUUCAGUAAUGCUGUCCCCUUGUGUUCUGAAUGUUUUGAACAAUCCCUCUACUGUAUA